AUGCCGACUUCUAUGCAGACUCACCAUUCAAUGAUAAUAAAGAUGUGGAUCAAUAGUAACAAUAGUGCGUAUAAUAAUAAUAAUAAUAAUAAUAAUAAUAAUAAUAAUGGUAUUGAAGGUCAUGAGAAGCGUACCGAAAACAAUGAAAAUUCGAACAAAUGUUUCAAUCAUCAUGACCUUACAAAUCGUCGUAUUAAGUGA